CAGGAAACCACCAUACAACUUGAAGGUCCUGUAGUCGUGCGCCAGCUUUUCCAGUAGUCUCUAGUACACCAUCGACACAAGUCUCUGUCUGUCGUCCGCUCGGGCGUGACGCCGAGCGAGAACGGUCUUUCGCAAUGUCGAGACCGGCUUCUGCGCUCUUCACGCGUCGCACGCUGCGAAGCCUCUGUCGGAAUCCUGCCAUUGAUUUCUUCUAUUCCAAAUCCCCGCCCUCGAGGUCCUUCACUCAUAAAGCGUCGCUACUACUCGUCGCCCGCCCGAUCCCGCGACCUCAACUGCCCUUCUUACAUCCCAUCUCGCGAGCGCACAAUGCACAAACGCAACUGGGACGAUUCAUCUCGACCGAACGAAAGCAACGGUGGAAAGAGCAACUAUGGCGCCAACUACGAUUCCACGCUUACCUGUGGCCGUCGGUUCUGCUAGCAGUAAUACUGAUGUUGGGGGUACAACACACGAAACUGGAGCGGGACUACCCGACACCGCGAGAAUGGACGUUUUGGAGUCGCUGGAUAUUACGGGAUGCGAAACACACCGAGUUCGGCGAGGGCGCCAAGGUUCAGCGUGUGCUGACGGAUUGGGAAAAGGCCGGCUACUUGUACACGGAAGUGAUCAAACGGCUCGAGAGCGAAAAGUACGACGGGCAGAACCUGCUUCUAAGCGAAGCAAGCGGCUCGUACGCGGACAGCCUGGGAAUCGUGGGGUUCGACAUCAGCGCCAAGAGUGAACAGUGGCGACGAGGGUAUCAUGAGGCUCUAAUGGGCGCCGGCCGCGCCGCCGAGCAUUUGGACGGUAUGUGCAAGAGGAAAGGCCAGGUUCGAGGACGAGUGUAUCCUCGCGAGAGUAUUCCAGGCCCGGAUAACCCGCGGCCCAAACCGCUUCCAUGGGACAAGAACAAAGGACACGAAAAUGUCCCCCACGCCGAUGAAGUGGAAGAUGCAUUCCCACCACCGGAGACGUUCUAUCUUAAGGUUUUGACCACCAACGGCUUCGACACUCGGCAACGACUCGAAGCUGCGAUGGCGUAUGCCGACUGGUGUGACUUCAAGGGACUGACUCAGACCGCCGAGGAGGCGUAUCGAUGGGCUCUCGAUAUCGCCCAAUCAGGCGUACCCGGGGGCGUGUCGGAUGUGGUAGAUACCAGAACCGGCGUCAUCAAUAAGGACAAAGAAACCGCCGUGACCGAGAACAUUCUCAAGGCGUGUACAGCUCUCGGCGUCCACUAUGCUCAAACAGGGGACGUCAGACAAGCCCUCCCGGUGUUUCUUAGCGUGUUACGAGCCAGGAAAAGCUUGCCUCCCCCACCUUCCGGGCCGCUGAAGGAAUUGACGGGAUCGGGAUCUGGAUUUGGAAAGAGAUCUCAACAGAAAGAUGAACAAGAAGGACCCCACGGCAUCUGGCCGUACCUGGAUGCUCUCAAAGAUCUGGUCAUCGAGCGACCGUACCCUCCUCCGCCACCGAGCGGCAAUGAACGGCCCUUCCACAGCCUAAAGGAGGCAUGCGAAGAGGUCGGCCUGAUGACGUACAUUGGCGAGAUCCUGUUUGCCACCAGCGAGGGCGAGCGCGAAAAGGGCCUCAGCUGGACCAGAGACAGCGUCGAGGCCGCCGAGGCCGUCAUGUGGGUCAUGGAGGAGCGCAAGGAAGAGGAUGGCAAGGACCGCUGUCGCGAGUGUCUCGAGACGGGCCUUCAGAAUUGGAAAACCAUGGCUCGCCAUAUGAGCCGUCUUGCGGCCCAAAGGGAGCAGGAAAUCGCAAACAGCUCCGGUCUGCUCGGAUUGGGCAUCGGCAAGGCGAAACAGUUGGAAAGAGCGCGCCAGGAAAAACAGCGCUGGCAGGAGGAAGAUCUCCAAAUUGAACUGCGAAAGGAGAAGACUAUGCCUCUGAGACAGCCCUUGAAACCCUUGUCCGGAGGCUUGAUGUCGACUUAUCUGUGAGAAAUUUUAUUUGUCACAUAUGUGUAUUAACUUUAUAUGUCACGAUUGUAUGAAGAGACUCAAAAGCCAAAAGGAAGUCAGCUAAUUUAAUUUUUUUUCUUGUUCAAUUCAAUCCAAUCUCUAUGGGAUGUUUCCGAACUGUAUAUUACAGUGGGAUAUCGUAUUGGGCUGGAAUGGUGGUAUGUGACCUAUAUUUUUCAUCCUACUGGCAGCAAGCCGACUUGCCAAGUUACGUUGGGAAAUGACAAGAGGAUGCCUAAACAAGAAGCGUAUCAAGAGCUGGCGGAUCCAGAGCCGGUCCAUUAUUUGCCUCGUUGGAGGAAUUCUCACAGUCGAUCUAGAUGAUCGACAAGCCUUCCACCGCUCUGAUAGUCUUAGACACUUCUAGCAGCUUCAGAUACCCAGUACACAACACAGCCUGGACGACUCAGGAGCCUCUUUCGACUCUGAACCCAUGGACCUCGGGUAGUCAGGGGUUCUGUGGCAAUCUAGGAGCAUUUGAUUAUGUUCCAACUCCCGGGAUCAUAUUGUACAGCUGGGGCGCGUCCCUGCACAUGGCGCAGAACCCGGGGUUUGUGCGCCAUAUCAACCCAAGUUGUCGGGGUUGAGUCAUAUCUUCUGGUCGUCAAUGGGACGGUUCAUCAUUCGUCCUUUUCCGGCUCAUCCCAACAGGA